AAUAUCAAGAAAAAUCAUCAAAAUCUACAGCGAUUAUUGUUGCGCUUGGAUCAAAGACAGAAGUUCUAAAAAAAAAAAAGUAUUUAAGAAGAGAGAGAACAUGCUUAACUAUUGCAGUAGUGGUCUAAAGUGGUUCGAACUUGAGUGACAAUCCUAUGCUAGUGAAGGAAUUAUUUAAAAAAAGGUGGUGACAGUUCGACUAAUAAAUGAGCCAUGUGUGUGUGGUGGAGCUAGGAUCAGCCACUGGUGGAAGAAAAGUGAGGUUACGUUGCUGUACUAGUAGAGGGAAAUAGAUAGAUAGAUAGAUAUAUAGAUAGAUACAGAGGAAGAGGGGAUAAGGAUUGCGCACCUCAAGGGCUAACAUGGUUUGGGGACUUGCAUUUUUUUUUCAGCUUCCCGAAAAUGUUGAUGGCCCCUGUUUGGUUUUUGUGGUAUUUUAAAUGCCAAAAUGAACUGGAUUGAUGUUUUUUGGGGUUUUCAACUCCUCAAUCUGUGUUAUAGUAUACAAAUCUUCUGUAACUGAUAUAGUCUACUAUAGUUGAAUGCCCAACUUCUCAAUAAGUUGAGACUUAUGGUUUUGUUGUUAUUGAAUAGUUGAAUGGCCACCUCUUUGCGCCUUUACUGUGAAAAACCUCUUCUGCUUUGAGUUUGUCAAACUUUUGUAGUGAAAUGUUCUUGAUCUACCAAAAUAGUCCAACAGGUUCCUAAUCCUGCAUGUUCUGCUAGGAGUUAUAUUUGUAGCCUUCAAUUGAAGAGGCUGGCUAUGACAUGGAACAUGUUGCUUAGGUUGCAUUGGAGCAGCCUGACUGGCCGAGAAGGUCUGGGCUCUGCUUAUGACCUGGCCCACCUGGUUAGUCCAAUACUUAUGAUCCCCAAGCUCAGUCCUGGCAGGCUUGCUGACACUGGCUGCAUUGGAUCCUUCUUAAGUUUGUAGCCCCUCCCAAUUUCAUUGUUCUGGUCCUAUAUUCUGAUGAAUAGAGUAUGUUGUUAUUGGUAUAGUAAGUACUAUACAACAGUAUGUCAUGGUGACUAUACUACAGAGAUGUAACUCAGAAAAACACUAGUUUGAUGUAUCUGCUCAGGCUGGAAUUGUGGACUUCAAGCAUUAAGGCUCAUUUCAAUGGGUCUUUUUGGGCUAUGACCAGCCCGUUGGUCUGAGACUGCCUAGCCCAUGAAUAGGUCUAGCUCCAAGGUUGCACUAGCUCCUACCUGGUAGAGUAAGAGUUUUUAGUAGACCGUUGUAUGAAAAUCAUGUAAGAGUAGCCUAUUAAUUGACUGAAGGUUUCAAUUACUAGUUCAAUUGAUACGCAUUGAUUUAUAGUUCCAAGGAUAUUAGAAUGAUAUUAUUCUAAAAGUACCUAAAAAGAUAUUCAGAGUGGAUCAUGAUAGAUUUUUUAUUCCAGUCGAUAUAAUGUGCCUUUUUUUGGCUAUGACCAGCUUAUCAGGGCUGACUGGCUGAGACUGCCCAAAUCAUGAACUGGUCAAGCAUUGAGGUUGCACUAGUACCUACUCGGUAGACUAAUAGGAUUAUAAUUGCAAUUGAAUGAUAAUCAUGUGAGAGUAGCCUAUUUUUAGAAUCAAGGUUUAAAUAGUAGUUGGAUCAGUACCAACUCAUAUUUACCUGUCUAACCAUGAACCAGUGCCGGACUAUAUUGGUUGAUACCGUGAUAUUUAAUUUUUGCGUUUUUUCAAUGAUAUUAGGUGGUUUAGGUUGGUGUAUUUCGUGGUAUAGCAAUAAAGUUCUAGUCCUAUCAGUUGUUGAAAUUGGUACUGAACCAAGAUUUAAAUACCUUUUUUGAAUUGUCUACAUCGAUCUUGUUGUUUUUUGUCAUAAGUAGCAUUAAGUAUGUGAUUUUUAUUUUUGAACUUGUCUUGCACUAGGGAAUAAAGUUUGAUAAGCUUGAAGAGAUAUUUAACUUGUAUAUGAUUUAUUAAAUGUUUUUGUGUGAACCUACUACAACACAGAACAUUAAGCAUACAAGUACUUGAUUAGAUUGGCUUUAUAUCAUUAUCGAGAGAUAUAAUUAACAUAUAUAUAUAUAUAUAUAUAUAUAUAUAUAUAUAUAUAUAUAUAUAUAUAUAAUACAGGUACUUAACUAGUUAAGAAAUCAAAUCUGUCAUAAAGUUUGGGGCUUAGACUUGGCAUGUUUUAAUGCCAACACCUAGAACUUUGCUAACUAUUUCCAUGCAUCUUGGUGUUCUCAAAGGUUCUAGUCUUCUGGAUAUUGAUAUGCACUAUGAUUGCUUGAACAGAAGCAUAAGAUAUUGGAAAGAUGAGCUAUCUCUUGGAGGGGAUGCAAAUCAUUACUUCCAGUGGUCAAUGGAUUCCUCAAUCUUUCUCCUAUCAUUGUUUGGUUGAAUAGCAAUAAUUUGUACCACUACCAAGGGAAACAUCUCUUCAAACUAUUUUCAGGAACACUACUGGAUUUUCAUGUCUCUUCUCAUAUUGAGACUUACCGCACUUUAUGAACAUUCACAUUCCAUGUCAACUCAAAAUCAUUUAACUUCCUAAAUGGAGGAGAUUCUAGGCAUCUGAACACUUAUCAUGGAUAUCAGUUGUGGUUGCAUGAAUUAUGACAUAUUAUGUUGGACAUUGUGUUCAACAACAUCCUUGAUGCGCAUCACCUCACAAUAAUUGCAUGCCCACUUAUGGUUGUAGUGGUGCAACUGUUUUGCCUGUUGACCUUCAAAGAGUAAAGUUUGGACUACCAAAGGUUGCACCAUAUCCUAAUCUUCCCACUUGUUUUCAUAUGUUGCUUCCAAUGGCUCUAAGCAUGGGUGUGCGAGAAAGUUGGAAUGCAUACUCUGAAACUCUAGAUUUUCAUGACUACCCAACAGUACAAACUAUGUAACUUCUGUUUGCUUGAAUCUCAACAUUGGUUGCAUAUAAACAGUUAAUUGAGUUCACAAGUCUGCAGUCAUCUUGGAAUACUCAGUAGCAGUCUCAAAUCAUGAUUUUUAAACAAUCAUGUUUUGAGGUCAUUUUCAGAACUGGUACUGGAUGUAGUCGUCAGUUCUACAGAUGACUCGUAAGCAUGCGAUCUUUAUCAACGACAUCUAGGCUCUGCAUUUGUUUUUCUUUGGGUAUUGCAGAAUAAUUUCUCCUAGUGGGAUCUCUAAUCGUUUGCAUCCUAAGGGUCAACAUAUCUUUGCAAGCUAUGAUGUAACUGGGUGUAGGAUGGACUGUAUGAUGUUGGGUUGGCCAUGACUACUUUCAAGUUGUUGUUCUGACACUAUUGGGUUAUGUCAAUGUGAUGCUUGGCUCUCGAUGUGGGCUCUGGGACGGUUCAUGGAAUAUUUAGAGAAUCUUACUCUGAUUGGUUUCGGGCCUGCUGAUUCUGUUAUGAACCAAUUGGUGACCUAAACUGUACAGAUCUCUGCUUAUUUUGUGACUGAACGUACACAUGCUGACCAAUAGGUGACUGUGACAACAUUUGUGUCUCUUUUAUAACUUUCUUAUCUAGUACCUUUGCAGGCAGCCAUGUUCAAAGGGGAAAUUAUACACCUGCAGAAGCCCUGUGAGAUGUUCCUUUGAACUGUAUCAGGGGACCCUGGUGGAACUCAGGCAGGGUCAAAAAAUGCUUACAACAGUAGUCCACUCAAGAUGUGGCUUGUAGGGGCAUCCACCUCUGUCUGGGAACCCGCGAAGGCAUCUCUCACUCUUUAUCCGGGCCCACCAAGGUCAAACUACACUUGUCCGUGGCCGAUGGGUCCCACCAUCUCUCCCCCUCCCUUGGCGCUCCAUAAAAGCAGAAGCCCGUUCCUUUUCUCCGCCUCCUCAAGCCCAAGUGCGAAGCCAGCGCCAUGUUCUCUUCCUUCUCCUCCUCUGGCGACCCCAGCCUCCAUCACCCCGAAUUCUGCUCCGCCACCUCCCCUCAAGGCCUCUUCCCUGACGCCAAUAGCGCCUUCCCUUCAUCCUCUCCUCCCUGUACGUCCUUCUCCUCUGAAUCGUAUCUCCACGGGGGCGGCGGCACCCACUCGCUUCCCUUCCAUCAUCACUACAUUCCCGACUCCCUCAACCAGCCACUGUACUCAUCGUCGCCGUCCUCCUCCUCCUGCGACUACCUCGACUUCAACGCUGGCCCGGUGAGGCGGGUCCUCAGCACCGGCAACCUCCAGGGGGGCAAUGGCCUGCACGAGAAUUCUAGCCAGGAAGGAGGGGUAGCCGGGAAAGUCGGCCGAUACAGUGCCGAGGAGAGGAAGGAACGAAUCGAGAGGUAUCGGAGCAAACGCAAUCAGAGGAACUUCCACAAGAAGAUCACUUAUGAAUGCAGGAAGACGUUGGCCGACAGCAGGCCGCGAGUGCGGGGCCGUUUCGCGAGGAAUGGUGAGACGGAGACGGAGGCGGCGGUAGAGAUGGAGACGGGGACGGAUACGGGCGCGGCAGCGGUGAACUGCUUCGACAACUACGAGCAAAACCAAUUAGGUGGCAAUGGCAGCGAUUGCUGGAGGCAGUUGCAGGCGGCGUUGGCGAUGGACGACGAAGACGAGUACAGCUACGACGAGGAAUUCCUGGCCAGCUUCUCCGACUUCUACUCCAUGAACACUCUCUAAUGCAACUUCGCUUCCCUUGAUGUCUGUUCCUCUCAGUUUCUUCCCAUUGAUCACACAGCUUUUGUAUCAUGUCGAUGCCACUGUCUUAAUCCUCUACAUGAGAGAGCCUUUGGGCAGAGGCAUUGCCUAUUUCAUGCAUGACUCAUGAACAAGGUAAAGACUUACCUGAUCACAUAAGGUGGUAUAUGACGCACAAGACGAUUUAUUGAAGGAUUAAACCCACGAGAUACGG